GUCGCACACAUGCCAAAAUCACACCAAGACACUUUCGUGCAGUUCUGCCGAGCGAUCCAACAUGAAGCUGUAUGUGAUUGUUCCACUGUGUGUGCUGUUUACCAUCACCCAGCAGAUAUCUUUGUCUGAGAAUUGUGUCUGUGAAUUUGCACAAUCUGAGAAAACUUUCCCUCAUGACAAACUGGAAAGAGUUCAAGGUGCUGCCUUAGACUGCAACAGCAACCUUAUGCCACAGAAGACUAUAGAGCUGGAGAGUUUGCUCCUUGGUUUGGAUCGCCGUCUGCCUGUACUGGAGAAGGAUGUAUCGAUGCUGGAGAAAGAAGAUGAUGGAGAGCUCUACGGCGUUCUCAGCCUCUACGUCAUAGAGAACGAAAUGAUUGAGAUCAAGCAGCUGAUUGAUAAGGUCAACAGCACCAGUCUGGAACAGGAGCGUGUUACUGCUACGACAACUCAGCAGCUUCAGGACCUCAGAGAAGAGAUGCAGGAGCUAGAGACAUUUGACACAAUGGAAGUGGUGAAAAGACAACAAGCCAACCAACGCCUGAAGAGGGACCUGGAAUAUUGCAAGAACGGGCUUCAUCCCACCCACCAACCCACUGAGCUUCCACAUGGUAAUUGUCCCUAUGGUCAGUUUCUGAAUAUAAGUGAACCGAGGGUCUACACAGCAGGAGAGUAUCCUGGUUCAUACAAGUAUGGUGCCUGGGGUCGGGAUCCCAAACCAGAAGCCGGGAAGGAGAGUUGGUAUUGGCGGGUAAUAUUGACUUCCAGCAACAGAUAUGCCCACUACGUCCGUUUCUAUUCCACCUUGAGCUCUCUCAUCAUUGGGGUGAGCGUCCCUGGUAACGUCCAGAUCCACCCCUCGAAUCCAACUACCAACACCAUCCAAGGUCCAAAUAAUGUUCUGUAUGGAGGCGCUUUGUACUACAACUGUUACAACAAGGAUGCUGUUUGUUGUUUCAACCUCACUUCCAAAAUUGUUACCACCUUAGAUCUACCCAAAGGAACCAGAUACAAUGCAAAGGGUAACUUCUGCAACCUUGAGGAAUGCUACCAAUGCACUGACCUGGACCUGGCAACAGAUGAGUCUGGCAUCUGGGUGGUCUACACCACCACCCAGGACUUUGGCAACUUGGUUCUGUCCAAGGUGGAAGAGGGUGAACCACCAAAGCUCGGACAAACCUGGCACACUUCAGUCUACAAGCAGGCAGUGACCAACACCUUCAUGGCCUGCGGCGUCCUCUACGCCACACGUUACGUCAACCGAGAGGUCGAGGAGAUCUUUUACUCCUUCAACCCCGUGACGCGACAGGAGAGGUUCAACGUCGGCAUCUUCAUGAAGAAGUUGGCUCCUAACAUUCAAGCCCUGAACUACAGCCCUGUGGACCAGAUGCUUCAUGCCUACUGUGACUCCUACAUGGUCUCUUACAAGGUGCAGUUUGAGUUACUGGAUAAUCAGUCCUGAAGCUAAAUACUGACUCCAGUAAUAGUUACUAAAGAAUAAAAGCAAGCAUUGAAUUCCUGAAAAAUGACACACACUAUACACAAUAUGCAUUAUCAAUUUAUAUACUAAACCAAUUUACUGUUGUCUCUUUCUUUUUACUGUUUUCCUUCAAUUAAUUAAAAUCAUUCACUUCUGGUGUGUUUUUAUUCAGUGUUAUAUUCAGGCUAUGUUUCAAAAGUCAACAUGGAGCUACUGGUUUAAAUUUAGAUCAAAUAAUUGUAUAGGAAGUGUAGAAUUUAACUGACAUCAGCUUUACAAAAAGAGUAAAGAACAACUCAGACGUAAAGAAAGAUGUGGGCAGCUUUGGAAAGCUUGAGCAAAUCCACGUCAUGGGUAUAUUAUACGACUCCAUCAGGAAGUCAGUUCAACUGUCAAACACAUCUCACUUCUGAAAAUUAGAAAUAUUUAAAGACCACAAGGUAUGGUAUUUCCACAAUAUUAUACAAAGAUGCAAUAUCCUUCAGCAGACAAGGCCUCAGUACUGGGUAUUGUCUUCUGUAGCAGAAAUAACUUGAUAUUUUGCCUAAUAGUUCCCUCAUCUCCAACAUCAGUUGACCCUUCUUCUCUCCACCUUCAAAAUAUUUGAUUUACAAGUUUACAAACUACAAGUUUCUGUUAGAUUUGUAUUGUUGAUUGUCAUUUAUGCUUAGAAAUAUCUACUCAUAUAUGCUUAGAGUGUUAUAAUCAAUGUCAUGUUGGUAGAGGUUUGAUCCUCAAUAGUCUGCAAAGGCUUGGUGUGCAUUCCGGAGUGUUCUGGCAUUCACACCUACAUCCUGGGAGCGGCAUACCUUCUCUUAUUGUUUUAUGGUAGGAUAAACGUAGCUAUGUCAGUUUUAGGCUAAGUGCCUUUUGUUUAGAUGGACCGCUAGACUCCUGGCACCAGCUUUGGGGAGUCUUCACAGGGUCACAUCACAUCUUACACAACGCACAGGCAAGGUACUCUUUGUGUGUAUGUAGAUGUCACAUGUUAAUGAACCCAUGUAUAUUCAUGUGAGUUCAAUAAAAGGAGUGCUAUGGGGAACCUGGCUGAGAGUCUGACGGAGGUCAAGUGGGUGGAACGACACUUGGCUCCAGGUCUCCCUCAUGCAUGAGUAACACGAA